AAGGAGGAGCAGCUACCGAUCAUCAUGUGUACACAGGCCUAUCCUGACACCGGCCAUAACAGCCCACUGUUUGCUGGAGACGUGGAGGAGGACGAAGGCAAGGAGAGAGACUCGGAUAGAGACAGUGCUGUGGAGAGCACCCAAGGCUCUGACACUUCAGAGGGGCUAACCAGACUGGGGGACAAGGAAGAUAUCUUGGGUGAUCUUUUCUUCACCUCUGACAAUACCGUCAGGACAAGCGGCACCAGCAACUCCGUCACUUCUGACUUGUCGACACGUUCCUCGGCUUCUCUGAACGAGGAGCAGUUUGAGGACUACGGUGACUACGCUCCCAGCAGCCCCUAUCCGGACGACGAGAACCGUACCAACGGAUACUCUGAUCAUGGAUCAUCUGUGCCAUCGAGUGCGGGCCAGACACCUCGUAAGGUGCGAGAACAGUACCCCGCGGAGAUGAUGGACCUCUACUGUUGUCAGUGCAGCAAAAAGGUCAACAUGCUCAGUGACCUCGAGGCUCGCCUCAAAAACCUCAAGGUUAACAGCCCCAGCAGGAAAAUCUCCAGCACAGCAUUUGGAAGGCAGUUGCUCCAUAACAGCAACUUGAGUAGCAGCAACGGGAGCACGGAGGACCUUUUUCGAGAUAGCAUCGACUCAUGUGACAUCGACAUCAAUGAGAAGGUAUCGUCUUUGGAAAGGAAGGUUGCAGAACUGGAGAAUGAAAUUUUAAUCCACGAUGAUCUCAAGUCCAAGUUGAAGCAAGACAACACACAUUUAGUACACAGGGUUAAUGAGCUUGAGGAACAGCUAAAAGACCAGGAGACACGGGAGGACCAAAAUCUGCAAGGGGAGCUGAGACGACAUCGAGAGACCUUCAGCAAGAUGGAGAGAGACAAAACUACACAGAUUGAGCUGCUCAACAGCCGAGUUAAGCAGCUGGAGGAUGAGAAAAAUGAGAUGCAUGUUAACAUGAGCCGACUGAAGACGCAGACAGAGAAACUGGAUGAGGAGAAGCAAAGGAUGACUGAUAAGCUGGAGGACACCAGCUUGCGCCUGAAAGAUGAAAUGGACCUGUACCGAAAAAUGAUGGACAAACUGAGACAAAACAGGCAGCAGUUCCAGGAAGAGAAACAAGCCAUGCAGGAGCUGAUGGAGGACUUGCGGCGAGAGUUGGAGCACUUGCAGCUCUUCAAACUGGAGGCCGAGAGGCCCGGACGCAGUCGGAGCUCAUCUUCUAGUCUUGCCGACUACAACAACAGGACCAGGGAGAUGGAGCUGGAGUACGAGGUCAAGAGGCUCAAGCAGGAGAACCACAGGCUGAAGGAGCAGAACGAUGAGCUGAACGGCCAGAUUCUCAGCCUGAGCUUGUACGAAGCCAAGAAUUUGUUCGCCACGCAGACCAAAGCCCAGUCUCUGGCUGCCGAGAUAGACAACGCCUCCAGAGACCAGUUAAUGGAAGCCCUGAAGGAGCAGGAGGAGAUCAACAUGCGCCUGCGACAGUACAUGGACAAAAUCAUCCUCGCCAUCAUUGAUCACAACCCUUCCAUCUUGGAAAUCAAGGCCUAGCCACAGCUGUUUGGAGUCUGCCCAGAAGUGAGGGGAGCUUGAUUAGAACACUGGAACAUCUCCCCCUGCUGUUUGUGGUUUGGACAACAGCCCUAAAGGGAGAAUGCUGAACUAAAGGGAGUGUCACCUUUUUGUGCUCGUGCUUUACACGCUUUGGGACUGGAAACGCGACACUCGACACAUGCACACUGGCGGGAAAAACUGGAAGAGCUUAUCCCAGAGGGCGCUGUGAUAACAGUUGAGAGACAUUAUAGCCUGGUGUAGGCAAACACUGUGAGAUGCUUAGCAACCAGAACAGCAACCUAACCGCAACGCUUUGUGCCAGUCUAACACUACUCAAGCACUUGGAACCGACAUGUUUGAAAAGCGGGUUGAGAAAAGUUGACAAAGUGUUCAGAGAGAGAGAGAGAGAGAGAGAGAGAGAGACUAUGGCUCAUGCAUGCUAUUUGGAGGUGGGUUUUGGUGAAGUUGCUCCUUGCAAAUGAAGCUAAUAUAUCACUUUACUCCUAAAAACAUGUCUUCCAUUAACUUUGCAGUGACAGUGUCACUGUUCAGGUUUAGUCAUGCGUCACUUUAGGGAGGGGACACCGCAGCCAAGGAGUGUCUCUAAACUCACUUAUGAUGCUUGAAAGGUGUCACUGCUGUCAGCAAUAAUAAUAAGCGCAACUAUGUUGCACAUAAAAGUUAUGAAACAAAUGUACAGGAAGUAAUAUCUGCUCCUGUGUGUGCAUACAUGGAAGGAACCUCUUUUUGUUGGUACUAAACACAACAUUAGCAAGCAAAUGACCCUGUGAUACUUUCCAAUAACAUGAAUGUACAUCUUGAUAUUUCACUUCAAUAUGCUGUAUUAUGUAAUUAACUGGAACCUGAGUUUUGCUUUCUUGCACAAAACCUUUUGUUUCCCUUUUGCAUGGCUCAUAUUUCUCUGUCUGUGCCUUGGGAGGACAAUUUCAGGCGGCUCUUGUAAGAUUCAUUGAUUAUGAAGGUACAUUGUAUGUCUUAAUCAUGUUUCUGGACUUGUACAUAUUGUAUUUACACAGUGAUCAUUUGUAAAUAUGUUCAGGUUGGAUUCUAUUUUCUACAAAGUUAUUAGGAAAAGAACAAGAAAUGGCUUAAGUGUCCAAAAAUAGACAGCUAGCACACUGCAUUGUAUGAAAGUUAGCGCUUUGUCAGUCUAACAAACUGUAUAACACUGUUGGGUUUGUUGUAUUUCUAUGUGUUAUUGCUCACAAUAAGUGCACAUAUUUUCAGUUUUAUGAUUAGUUAUCUGUCUUCCUAAACUAAUCAUAAUGGUGAGUGAGCAAUAUAUAUUGUUAUGCCUAACAAAUGGUUUCACUUUUUGGGCAUUUCUAAAAUGGAAAUUAAAGGGGUACACUGAGCUAUGAAAAAAUGCCACAUUAUUUCUUUAGGUUGUUUUUCUGUAGUAGUUAUUUAAAACAAAUCAACAUAGUUACAGUGCUGGUUUGCACUUACUG